AUGUGCGCCGUCAGCGCCCUCUGUCCGUUCAUCGUCGUCUGGUACGUCGUGCAGGUGAACCGACUCAGCAUCGGAAUUAAGAACUACGCGGAGUACCUGCACUGGCAGACGCGCGAACUGCGGCUGGAGAGCGAGAAGACGGACGUGCUGCUCGCACAGAUGCUGCCAAAGGACGUCGCUAAGGAGCUGAAACAAGGUCGCAUGGUGCCGCCAGAGGCGUACGACUCCGUCACGAUCUUCUUCAGCGACAUCGUCGGUUUUACGUCGAUAUCGGCUGCGAGCAAGCCGCUACAGGUCGUGGAUCUACUUAACAAGUUGUACACGGCGUUCGAUGCGAGAAUCGAUAUGUACGAUGUCUACAAAGUGGAAACUAUCGGAGAUGCUUACAUGAUGGUGAGCGGAUGUCCGAGGCGUAACGGCAUACGGACAUGCGCGGAGAGAUGCUGCACGCUUCACUCGGACCUCAUUCAACCUAGUACACGACUGUACGAUUCCACACUGCCAGACCAGAAGCUGCUGCUGCGCAUAGGAGUGCCACUCAGGGUUCGGUGGGUGACGGGUGUCGUGGGAAACAAGAUGCCGCGAUACUGCCUGUUCGGUGACACGGUGAACACAGCAUCACGCAUGGAGUCCAACGGCAAACGUACGUACAUUAUAUAG